AUGGCCGGAGGAGGUUUCGCCACCAGUGCAGGCGGCGGUGAAUUCGAAGCAAAGAUAACUCCGAUUGUUAUUAUUUCAUGUAUCAUGGCUGCCACCGGUGGUCUCAUGUUCGGUUACGACGUCGGUGUUUCAGGUGGUGUGACAUCUAUGCCACCAUUUUUGAAGAAAUUCUUUCCUGCUGUAUACAAAAAGACAGUGUUAGAGAAAGAGAUAAACAGUAACUACUGCAAAUAUGACAACCAGGGACUUCAACUUUUUACAUCGUCCUUGUAUUUAGCCGGUUUAACAUCAACUUUCUUCGCUUCCUAUACAACUAGGACUUUGGGAAGAAGACUCACCAUGUUGAUUGCUGGUAUUUUCUUCAUUGGCGGUGUUAUCUUCAAUGCCGCUGCUCAAAAUCUUGCCAUGCUUAUCGUUGGAAGAAUCUUACUUGGUUGUGGUGUUGGUUUUGCUAAUCAGGCUGUGCCAGUGUUUCUAUCAGAAAUUGCUCCUUCAAGAAUACGUGGUGCUUUGAAUAUACUUUUCCAACUUAAUGUCACUAUUGGCAUUUUGUUUGCUAAUCUGGUUAAUUAUGGCACCAACAAAAUCAAAGGUGGUUGGGGAUGGAGACUAUCUCUUGGUUUGGCCGGGAUCCCGGCACUUCUCCUAACGGUUGGCGCCCUCUUGGUUGUAGACACUCCCAACAGUCUCAUCGAGCGCGGUCGCUUGGAUGAAGGAAAAGCUGUACUCAAAAAGAUUCGUGGUACUGAUAAUGUUGAGCCAGAGUUCUUAGAACUUGUCGAGGCAAGUCGCGUGGCUAAAGAGGUUAAACACCCUUUUAGGAACCUUCUCAAGCGCAGGAACCGUCCUCAACUCGUCAUUUCUAUCGCCUUGCAAAUAUUCCAACAAUUCACUGGCAUCAACGCGAUCAUGUUUUACGCACCAGUGUUAUUCAACACAUUAGGAUUUAAGAAUGAUGCUUCACUCUAUUCUGCGGUGAUAACCGGAGCUGUCAAUGUCCUCUCUACAAUUGUGUCUAUUUACACAGUCGACAAACUUGGUCGUCGCAUGUUGCUAUUAGAAGCCGGUGUACAAAUGUUCUUCUCACAAUUGGUAAUCGCAAUCCUUCUCGGAAUCAAAGUAACUGAUCAUUCCUCAGAUCUUUCAAAAGGCUAUGCAAUCUUUGUUGUCAUCAUGGUAUGCACAUUUGUUUCUGCUUUUGCUUGGUCUUGGGGUCCACUUGGUUGGCUUAUACCAAGUGAGACAUUUCCAUUGGAGACACGUUCAGCCGGACAAAGUGUAACCGUAUGUGUCAACUUGCUUUUCACCUUUGUAAUUGCUCAAGCUUUUCUCUCCAUGUUGUGCCAUUUCAAGUUUGGUAUAUUCUUGUUCUUCUCUAGCUGGGUUUUGGUUAUGUCUGGUUUUGUGUUUUUCUUGGUGCCUGAGACAAAGAACAUACCAAUUGAAGAAAUGACAGAGAGAGUGUGGAAGCAGCAUUGGUUUUGGAAGAAGUUUAUUGAAGAUGAUUAUGAUAAUGUGGAUUAUGCUAAGAAUAAAAGUAAUGGAUAUGAUUCUCAGUUGUAA